AUGGCUCCCACCAUCCUCGUGGCCGGUGUGACGGGCAACACGGGCCGCGGCGUCGUCGACACCCUGCCGGCGCUGCUCCAAGCAAGCAGUACCCUGUCCGACCACCGGAUCAUCGCCCUGACGCGAUCUCUGCAAAGCCCCGCCGCGCAGCGCCUCGCACGCGUCCCCGGCGUCCAAGUCCUCGAGCACGACUGGGCCGACAUCACGGCCGACUGGCUGCGCCAGCACGGCGUGGUGAGGGCCUUCAUCGCGUCGCACAACCAGCCCGACCAGUUCGCCGCGGAGUCCGGCUUCCACCUGGCAGCCCUGCAGGCGGGCGUGCGGUACGUCGUGCGCAUCUCCACCGCGGCCGCCAACGUCCGGCCGGACUGCGCGACCUACUACGCCCGCACGCACUGGGCCGUCGAGACGCUGCUGGGCGCGCCCGAGUUCGCCGCGCUGCAGUGGACCUCGCUGCGGCCGAACCUGUUCGCCAACUUCGCGCUGAUGACGGCGGCAGGGCUGGUCAAGCAGUUCCGCCAGACGGGGAAGCAAGAGCAGCCGCUGCGUCUGCUGCUGACGGAACACGCUCCCAUCGGCAUCGUCGAUCCCUGGGAGGUAGGGGUUGUCGCGGCUCACCUGCUGGCCCAGGAGGACCCGUCGACGCACAACAGGGCCAGGUACGUCGUGAGCGGGCCCGAGGACAUCACGGGCGCGGGGAUUGUGCAGCUGGUCGAGCAGCACAUCGGCACGCGGGUGGAGAGCGUCAAGUUCGGCGAUUCGUCGGCCAUUCUCGAGGCGGCCGUCGCGGCCGCGCCGCAGUGGAAGAGUCUUAUUAUGACGAUGAAGGACGGUCUGAAGGUGGAGGGGAAGGGAAAGUGGGAGGCUGACACGACGAGCAAGGAGGUGCUUGAGCUCGCUGCUCCGAAGCGGACGCCUGCUGAUGUGCUGAAGGCCCUCUUGGAGGACUAA